CCGAUAAUUUCUAAAUAUUUUGAUUUCGGUUUCGUAUCCUAGUGAUAAUAGCGAUGAAUACAAUUAUGUAGAAUUGACUUAACUUUAUCUUAAAUUUGAUAUUUACUAAUCUUAACGCCCACAUUUCAGGUAUCUGUAGAGUAUCAUUUGUAGAAGUUCAUUUAAGUACUGUCGUGUGUCUAGACACCCGCGCAUUAUAGCAGCGUAAGCAUAUCAAGUGCUGUAUGGAUAUGACACGGCGUUGACACCUGUUGAUAGUUUCGGCAAAUAAAUUGUCAUAGUCGUCUUCGAAGUUCGACUUUGUCAAUUUAAUAUUAUUCAUGGCGAACAACGAUAAUAUUUUUGUCGACGAACGAGAAGAUGUUCAAAAAAAGACUUUUACCAAAUGGAUAAAUUCUCAACUUGUAAAAGAAAACCAUGAACCCAUUUUUGAUUUAUUUUUGGAUUUGCAAAAUGGAACCAAAUUGUUGUAUUUAUUAGAAAUCUUAACUGGUAUUCAAAUUAAACCUGAAAAAGGUCGAAUGAGAGUUCAUCAUCUAAAUAAUGUCAAUAAGGCUUUACAAAUAUUAGAGCAAAACAAUGUGAAGCUAGUCAAUAUUAGCAGUAAUGACAUAGUUGAUGGCAGUCCAAAAUUAAUUCUUGGACUAGUUUGGAGUAUAAUAUUACAUUGGCAGGUUGAUUGUCAUUUAAAAGAAUUAAUGACAGAAUUGCAACAAACAAAUCUUGAAAAAACUCUUAUAUCAUGGUGUAGAUGUAAUUUAGAAGAAUAUGGAAUAGAUAUUAAAAAUUUUACCACUUGUUGGACUGAUGGGUUAGCUUUCAAUGCAUUAAUACAUAAAUUUCGAUCAGAUCUUAUAGACUAUAACGUAAUUUUAAAACAACAUUCAAAUGUUAGGCUUGAAAAUGCAUUUGCAACUGCUUAUGUACAUUUAAACAUUGAACGUCUAUUAGAUGUUGAAGAUGUUAACACUUCAGUUCCUGAUAAGAAGUCUGUGAUGAUGUAUGUCAUGUGCUUAUUUCAGCGACUGUCACAAUAUUCUGAUGAAUUGAGUGUUGCGAAAUUUGAUUCACAAAUAAAUGAUGAACAAGAAUUCACAAAAUCUGAAGAAAGACCUAUCAGUAUGUUAACAAAUGUUUCUGUUGAACUUGGAGGAUAUCAAUCAGCAUUAGAAGAAGUAUUAACUUGGUUGCUAGAAGCUGAAGAUCGUUUACAUCAGUCUGAAAAAAUUCCUGAAGAACUUGAAAGCAUUCGAGAAGUAUUUCAUUCACAUGAAAAUUUUUUAAUUGAACUCUCUCACCAUCAAGAUGGUGUUGGGGCCGUGUUGGAGGAAGGUGCUAAAAUGUUAUCUGAUGGUGGAUUAAAUGAUGAAGAAGAGGAAGAAGUUCGCAUUCAAAUGAAAUUAUUAAAUUCACGUUGGGAAAAACUUAGAUUAACAGCAAUGGAAAGGCAAACUAAGAUUCAUGAUAAUCUAAUGCAAAUUCAACAAAAACAAUUAGAUGAACUUAGACUAUGGUUGACUCAGACUGAAGAUCGUAUAUCGUAUUUGUCACAAUCAGCUAAAAUGGAUGUUGAUAAUUUACGCUCACAACUUGAUGAACAUUCAUCACUUAGAGCUGAUUUAAGAAAACAACAAGUCUCUGUUGAUUCUUUAUCUAAACUUGUCAUAGUUAUUGAUGAAAAAAGUUUUCCAGAUUCUGUUCAUACUCAAAUGGAAGAUGAACUAUCAGCUCUGGGGGAACGAUGGGCUCAUAUAUGUAAAUGGGCUGAUGAAUAUGGUAUCAAACUACAAACACAACUAAUGAAAUGUAGUCGAAUUACUGAGCAACUAUCAUGGUUACAAUCUUGGUUUGACUCUAAAGAAACUAUCCUAAAAAAUAUGGAAUCUAAACAUGUUACUGAAGUAGCUGAAGUUUUAGAAAGAAUUAAACAACUACAAACAUUGCGACAUCAAAUGUCAAGUCAGCAACGAAAUAUUAACAAUCUUCAAGCUAAAAUUCAAAGCUUAGAAGAAGAGUUUAUGUAUACUGAGCAUUGCCCCUUUUCAGAAAGAAUUGAAACAUUACAAGAUAGAUGUGAUGCGUUGGUCCAAAUUAUUGAAAUACAAGCUUUAAGAAUAUCCAACGAUGGCUUUGAGUUUGAUUUAACAAAUCAUACAAGUAUAGAUCAACCCGAUGAAAAGUUAUUUGAUGAUAGCUUUGAAAAAAAUUUAAAAACUUUAGAUAGUGAUGAAAUUGGAUCAAAGCGAAGGAAAAAAAAUGCAUCUCCUCCAGAUGAUGAGUAUGAUAAUGUUGUACUAAAUAUUAGUAAUUGGUUAAAACGAUCCCAAAAACUACUUGAUGAACCAUUAGAAGCAGAAGAAGAAGCUGCUUUGUAUGAAGAUAUUAUGUCUGAAUAUGACAGCCAAUUUUUGCAAUUAGAUUUUAUCAGUAAAAAAGUAAAAGAUUGUGAAAUCAAUAAAACUCCAGUACCCAAACUUGAAAAUUACACAAAGCUGUGUGAAGAAUUUCACGAAUUUGAAGCAUUUUUAGAAAUAUUCAAGCAUAAAGUGAAAUAUGAUCUUGAUAAAAAGCAAAUAACUAAAGAAAUGAACUAUUUUAAAUUAGUAUUAGAUGGAUAUGCAAAAUGGCUAGAUAAUAAAAAUUCUACUUAUGAGCAAAUUAAGAUGAAAUUUAAAUCUUUAAAAUCUUUAAAUGAUCUAGUUUUAAAAUUAAACCUAAAUCUUGAUCAAUUAAAACCUGAUGAUUCUUUAAGAGCUGAAAUUCAAAAGUGUCUUGCUACUUGGAAUUUUUUGAAUGAAAAGUUUUCAAAGUAUGAAGAACAAACAAAACUAUCACAAGAAGCUAAUUCUAGUUCUAAGUUUAAAGAGUUAAAAGAAGAGCUAGCUGGUUGGAUUAGUAAACUAGAAGGAGUUUUACUUGGAGAACCAGUGCUUAUGAAUGAAUCAAAAAUUUUAACAACUCAAUUGGAUCAUUUAAAAGAAUUACAAAAAUCAAUAAUUGAUCGACGAGCAACUUUAGAGAUGGUUAAUAAAUAUGGACAAGAUAUCUUAAACAAAUUAAACAAUGGUAUUGCUGCUGAAAGAUUAACUGAAGAUCUUCAAGAUCUUAAUACCCGGUGGAGUGAUAUUCCAGUAUUAUUAGAUGAAAGGAUAUUAAAAUUAAAAAAAGAAUUAUACAUAGUUUUAGAACUAGAAUCCAAUUUCAGAACAUUAGAAGAUUUAAUGGAGCAAAGUGAAGAUCUUUUUAAUUAUUACAAUUCACAAAGUGAUCAAACAGAUUUGAAAAUGAUAAAUGAUGUAUGUGAUUCAGUUUCUCAACUAUAUGAUAAACUUCAUGGGGACAUGACAAAAAUAUUUGAAACAACAGUUGAUAAUGAUUUUAAAACUAAAACAAUUCUAAAAAUAGAAAUUAUUAAAGAAAAAAUAAACAAAAUUCAUACAUUUAAAGAAGAAAUUGCUGUUCAAGGGUUAAAACAUUUAGAAAAAGAAUUUGCGGAUGUAAAAAAGUGUGUAUCAGAAGUUGAUAAAAAUCAUACUUAUCGCCAAAAAGAUCUUAUAAAUUCAGCUGGUGAGCUUGUUAAAUUAAAAAACAAGUAUAAUUCAUUACAUGAUAAACUUCUAGAGAAAAAAUCAACAUUGGAUAAACUGGAACAAUGUAAUGAUGAUAAUGUCAAAAUGUUAGUAUUAAAGUGGAAUCAAGUAUAUGAAAGUGUUCACUUAAUUCGCAAUGAGUUACAACAAGAUGUACAACUUCAUUCAGAAUUUAAAGUUUUAAUGUCUCAAGAAAACGUGUGGCUAGAUAAAUUAGAUAAAUGUCUUAAAAAAAGUAUCAAAACAGUAGCUACUGAUGCUGAAGAAAUAUCAGAAGAACUUGAUGACUUAGAAAAUUGUUUAAGAAAUCAUCCUGAAUCUAGAAUAGAACGUUUGAAUGAAAUUGGUGCAAUUUUAUGUGAUCAUAAUGUUAUGACCUCUAGUAUAAAAGUAGAUUUAGCCAAAGUAACUUCUCGUUGUAAAAAGCUCACUACACAAGCUGAAGAUAAAGUGAGACGUUUAGAAGAAAACAUAGAACAAACACAAAAGUCUGAAAAUUGUAUUGCUCAAUUUCAACAUUGGCUUGAUAGUACAGAUCAACAACUAACUUCACGCAUUCAAAAUGAUUUUUCUCCUCAAGAUAUACCAAAUGAUGUUCAAAGGCUCUCUGAAGAAUUUCAAAACCAAGGUAAAUUACUGCAUGAUAUGGAACAACAAAUUUUUAAUUAUGAAAUAGCUAAUAAAAAGGAAGUUGCCAAUAGACUAAAGGACCAGUUAUCAUUUUUAAAAAAACGUUUUUACCAACUUGAAGAAAAAUUCGAAAGAUACCAAUCACCUGGUGAUUUAACAACUCGUACUUCAAGAGUGUUAAGAGAAAUGCAAUCAAUUGAAAAUACUAUAUGUUUAUUAGAAUUAGCAUCUGAAGAUGCUGCUAGUAUUAAAGAACAAUUUAAACAGUGUUCGAAAGUACAUUCUACACUUGAUAAUUUAAACAAUGAAGUUGAAUUUAUUAUAAGUUCUUAUAGUUCAAAUGACAAUCAAGUUCAAGUUGAAAUAGUUAAAAACUUAUACGCCAAAUUAAUGAAAGAUGUGAAACAAAAAAAAGGAAGAUUAGAACAAGGAUUAAAUUGUCUAGAAUUACUGGACACAAACAUCAAUAUUUUGUCUGUGUGGAUAUCAGAUGUAGAACAAUUUUUAAACAAAAAUAAAGAUAUUCAUUUAGAUGAAAGUGAUGUAAAAGAUCAAAUAAAAUUUAUAAAAGAUAAAAUAGAAUCUGAUGUUGUUAAAUUAGAAGAAAAUAUUAACAUUAUCAAUUCAACUUAUAAUGAAUUUAAAUCUCUUAAAGAUCCAUUGUGUGAGGAUAAUAUUUAUUUUGAACGUAUUAAUACUGUGAAUGAUAAUUGGAAAUUAAAUAUUGAUAAAUUGAAUGAAAAACUCUCACAAUUAACAGAUUUAAGUGCAAUGACUAGCAAUGUGAAAAUUUCAAAAAGGGCAAGUAAAACAAAAAAGAAACCUCUUCCUGAAAUCAAAAUUACUAAUGACAACAGUAAUGUACAAUCAAGUGCUUUAUCAAAAACUGUUAAUGAAAAUAGUGAUACUUUUAAUUUGGCCCAAGACAGUAAAUUGUUUUCUCAAGUAUCUAAAGGAGAUUCACAAAUAUUACUAUCUACCAUUCAGCCUAAGAAUAAUAAAGUUCAAGAGUGUGUUAUAGUUGAAGUAAAAGAACAUGAAAUAUUAAAGUCCAGUGUAAUAAGCCACGGUAAAGUAACUGCAGAACAUCUUUUGGUGCCUGUUAACUAUGCAGAAAUGGUAGAACUUUCUGAAGGCACAGAAACUGAUACAGAUGAAGAAAAAUGGCCUCAAACUGUAUAUAGAAGAAAAAAUUCAGAGAAAAAAUCAUGUUUGAGUCCAUGUGAAAUUUUAGUCAAACGACAAAAACUAUCUUCUGAAGAAUCAUUAAAAUCAAGCUUUGAAAAUUUACAGAAUAAAGAUUUUACUAUGCCGUUGGAAGAUGACCAUGAAAAUUCAGAUUCAUUAUGUGUUAAAGUAAAUAAAACUCAUCAUACAACUAUAACAGCUUGGCAAAACCCUACAUCUGAUGAUUACAAAGAACUAGUUUUACUCAAAGAAGUUGAAAUGUCAAAUACUUAUAAAAUCAUUGGAGCUGAUCAAGAAAAAAAUACCUUGAAUAUUCCGAAAAAAAUUGGAGAAGACAAUGACAGUUUUUAUGGUAGUGAUAAAGAAACUGAUGAUGUAGUAAUGUUUUCAGACGAUGAAGGCAAAAGUAUAAAGUUUGAAGAUUCAAGUUCUUCUGAUGAUGAACUAACUAAGGAACUUAAAAUUAUAAAAUCUGAGAAAAAUGUACUAAAUUUAUCAAAUCAAUCAAAUACCCAUACAAUAAAAACCAUUCAGUAUGCAGAUAUUGAAAAGUAUGAAAACGAGGCUAAGAUAAUGUUAAGUAGAAUGGAAACUACUCUAAAAGAAUUACGCCAAUUAAAAAUGGAACCUGAUCCAAAAAAACGUUUUGAGUUAAUUGAACAAAAAGUGAGUUAUAUAGCUCCUGAUGCUGCUACACUUAUAAGUAAAGGAGAUAGUCUUAUACUUGCGAGCCAUAUAGAUGAUCCUUCAAGAGCCAGUACAUUAUGUACAUUAAUUCAAGAUAGGCUAAGAGUUUUGUGGACUCAUAUUAUGUCUGAAAUUGAGAUUAUUAAACUUCAAACGCAAGUUUUAGAAAAACAAAUGGAUGAAUAUAAAAAUAUAAAACUAAAUAUUGAAAAUUGCCUAAACCAGAAACAUAAAAAUUCACAGAUUCUGGAAAGAGAAAUUAAUCAAUUGUAUAGUAAUCUUUUAGAAAUGAAUGAAAUAAUUUUAGACAUUGAAGUACUUUGCCAAGAUCAAAAUUUUAUAGAUAAAAUGAUUUCAGAAGUUAAAAGUUUAAAAAAAAAGUUAAAUAAACUAAGCCCAUUAUCACAAGAGUCUAAAGCAAAUGUUCCUGAUGUUAUUGUCACUCAAAUAAAUGAGACAAAAAAGAUAACAGGGUCAAUUUUAAGAGAAUUAAAUGAAUUACCACUGUCAAAUGAUUCUGUCUCUGUACAAGCCUCUAAACUCAAAGAAUUAAAAAUGAAAUCUGAUUCACUUAAAGUAACAAUUGGCAAUUUCAAUUUGAGAACUGUAAACAAUGAGCCUUUUAUUAUUAGAAACUUUAAAAGAAUAAGUGAAUAUUGGGAACUACUUCAUAAAUGUUUAAUUGAAAGAACUGGGCAAAUAUCUAGUACUCAAACAGAAGUAAACAAUUUACAAAAAAGUGGUAAAGAACUUUCAGAGUGGUUGGCCGAAAUUGAAUCUGAUAUGGCAGAAAAUGAUUUAACUUUGACAUUACAAGAAAAAAAAACGAAACAGCGUGAUUUAGAAAGACGUGUUUCAUCUAGACACAGAACUGUAAUCAGUUUCCUUAACUGUUCUCGAACAUUAUGGUCACAUUCAAAUACAUUCCAAUCAGAAGUUAAAAAUCUCAGACUAAGAUGGCAAGCUGUGUUAAAUAAAUUAACUCUUCAAAGAGAAAAAUUAAAUGAAAUGGAUAAAUCAAAAUCUAAUUUAUCUAAUGUGGUAUCAUCUACAAAAAUCACCAUUGAUCAAACCUUAAAUAUGCUUCAAUCUACUCAAGCUAACCCUUCAGAAACUGAUUCUUUAAACUCUAAAAUAUGUCUACUUAAAUCUAAAGAAAUUGAACUGAUAAACCGCAAAAAAGACAUUGAUACAAUGAAAUCCACAAAAUCAAAACAGCCAAAUGACCUUGAAUCAAUUAAAUCAUUAUUAGAUCAGGUUAUUAAAGAUCUUUCAGAAAACUUGGUUUGCUUAAAUGGUAAACUUGCUGCUUUGAAUAAGUUUAUAAUUCAGUUAAAAGAUUUAAAUUCAUGGGUAUCAUCCAAAAUGGUUGAAGUUGAAGGAAUUAAACAAAAACCAUUAUCUGAAAGAAGAAAUGCUUUUGAAAAUUUAAAUGCAAAUUUAUUGGAAAGAAGUGCAGAAAUAAAAGAUAUUUUGGAAAAUUUUACAAAUAUAGAAAAACAAUGUGAAGGAAUUGGUCAACCAGUAUCUAUAGAACUACAAGAAAUUGUUAAAAAUCUAAGAGAAAAUUGGAUUCAACUUAAAAAUAUAAUUGAAGAUAGUAUUAAAAAACCAUUAGCCACAUUAUUUGAGAUAAAAAAAGUGGAAGAAAGUUGGAAAAACUUAAGAAAUGUUACUGCAGCACAUUCCAGUUCUGGAUUACAAUCCUUUUCUUCUGUCAAUUCAUCUGAUGCAGUUUUUAAUUUACUGGCUAGCUUUGAUAAAUCUAUUCUUCAGAUUUGUGACUGGUUAAAACUUGAAGAAAGUAUGUUGCGUCAGCAGUCAGUAACUGUUGGUGAUAUCAAUGAUAUCCUUCAAUUAAUUGAUAAACAAAAGAAUGUGUUAAGAGAAUUAGAACAAAAGAAACCUCAGUUAGAUGAACUUGUGCACACAGCAGAAAAUCUUAAAGCUGAUUCAAAUCGUCAACAAUUACAUGGAAAAGUUACCAAGCUACGAGAACAUUGGGAUGAAACCAAUAACAAAGUAAUGCAACGUAAAACUGAAUUAAAUGCUAUGUUAGGAGAUAGUGAACGCUAUGAUACAAAAAGAUUAGAACUCGAUAACUGGCUUAAUCGAAUGGAAUCCAAGCUUCAAAAAAUGCGUAUAGUUGGAAACACUGCAGAUAUACUAGAAUCACAACAAAGAGAGCAAAAAACAUUCCAUGUUGAACUUCAUCAAUAUAAGCAUCAAAUAGAUUUAUUCAAUCAACUUACUCAGAAACUAAUAGCAGUUUAUCAAAAUGAUGACACGUCUAAAAUUAAAAAAUCUACUGAACAAAUCAAUCAAAGAUUCCAAAAUUUAAAUACAAAUAUUAUAAGUAGAGGAAAAAUAUUACAUUCUGCAAUGAGCACUUUACAAAACUUAGAUAAGUCAUUUGACAACUUUUUGGGAUGGUUGUCAGAAGCUGAAUCGACUAUGGAAUCAAUUGAAACUGAAUUUGAUAGAUGCAAUACACUAAAAAGAGAUAGUUCUAUUGCUAUAAAUCAGCUUAAGGAAUUACAACGUGAGAUGGAAACAAAAAGUCUUUCUCUAAAUUCUCUCGACAACGGAGGAAAAAAACUUCUUGGAAAUCUCUCCUCGCAAGAAGAUUCAGUAAUGCUUCAAAGGCGUUUAGAAGAAAUGAAUCAGCGUUGGAACCAAUUGAAAAAUCGCUCUAACAAUAUUAGAAAUCGUUUAGAAAAUAACACUGAACAUUGGAAUGCUCUACUAUUAUCAUUAAGAGAAUUAGUGGAAUGGAUAAUAAAAAAAGAUACAGAAAUAUCUAGUUUUGGUCCCUUAGGUAAUGAUUUGACUACAUUACAAAAACAAAAGGAUGAUCAUAAAGGAUUUCAUCGACAAUUGGAAGAGAAAAGACCUGUUAUUGAGUAUAACUUACGUAGCGGCAGGCAAUACAUAAAUAUAGAAUCUCAAAUUACAGCCUCAGUAAAAAAUGAAGAUUUAAAUAAUACUGGAGAUUCAAGAGGAUAUCGAAGUGCGGAAGAACGAGCUCGUGAUAUAACAAUAAGCUUAAAACGAGAAGUUACCAGAGUAUCAGAUCAAUGGAAUUCUCUCCUUAACCGUUCAGACAAAUGGCAGCAAAGUUUAGAAGAAGCAAUCACAAAAAUGCAAGUAUUUCAAAAAAGUUUAGAAGAUAGUUCUUCAAAGCUUGCCAGUUUAGAGACUAUGUAUAAAUCAUGUUCGAUUUCAAAUCAUGGUGAUUCAACAAGAUGCCUGCAAGAACUUAGACAAUUUGGAGACAAAUUAAAUCCAAUACAACAACGAAUAGAAGACUUAAAUGAUCAAGCUAGUUUACUGUCAUCAAAAAAUUUUACUAUAUCAAUGUCAAAUAAAAAUUUGUUGCAUGAAAUUAACAAUAGGUGGAAAACAUUACAGCUUUCCAUGGAUGAUAAGUACAAACAGAUUCGUGAUAAUGGUAAAAUUGGUUCAAGUAAUAGCAAUGGAACAUCACCUGCAAGUUAUAGUGAACCAUCUACUUCUUUGUUAUUAAGUGGUUCUGUGGAGCCUCCUUGGGAAAGAGCUACUACUUCUAACAAAGUGCCAUACUACAUAAACCAUCAAUGUGAAUCAACCAACUGGGAUCAUCCUAAAAUGGUUGAUCUUAUGUCUUCUUUAUCAGACUUCAACAAUGUAAGAUUUUCAGCCUACAGAACAGCUAUGAAAUUACGUAGAGUUCAAAAACAAAUGUCUUUACAUUUAUUAUCUCUGGAAGCUGCUGUUGAAGCUUUUGAUAAUCAUGGACUACGUGCUCAAAAUGAUAAAUUAAUAUCUGUUUCUGAAAUGCUUACAAUUUUAGGAUCGAUUUUUGAUACUCUAGCAUCCCAGCAUCCAUCUUUAGUUCAUGUUCCAUUAUGUCUUGAUUUAUCUCUGAAUUGGCUGUUAAAUGUGUAUGAUAGCCAAAGAACUGGUCAAAUUCGUGUACUGUCAUUUAAAGUUGGCUUGGUACUUUUAUGUAAAGGACAUUUAGAAGAAAAAUAUCGAUACUUGUUUAGGCUAAUAGCUGAUCCAAAUAGACAAGUUGAUCAACGCAAAUUAGGUCUUUUGAUACAUGACUGUAUUCAAUUGCCCAGACAAUUAGGUGAAAUUGCAUCUUUUGGGGGUUCAAAUAUUGAACCAUCAGUGAGAAGUUGUUUUCAAAAAGCUGGUAAAGAUAAAAAUGUCAUUGAAGCUAUGCAUUUCUUAGUUUGGUUACAACAAGAACCACAAAGUAUGGUUUGGCUAGCUGUUUUACACAGAUUAGCAGAAUCUGAGUCAGCUAAACAUCAAGCUAAAUGUAACACUUGCAAAGCUUAUCCAAUCAUAGGUUUCAGAUAUCGUUGUCUCAAAUGUUUUAAUUUUGACAUGUGCCAGACAUGUUUCUUUUCUGGUUGUAAAGCAAAACAUCACAAGUUAACUCAUCCUAUGCAAGAGUACUGCUCAACAACUACAUCAGGCGAAGAUGUACGUGACUUCACUCGUGCUUUGCGUAACAAAUUUAAAUCAAAACGAUACUUCAAAAAACACCCUCGAGUUGGUUAUUUACCUGUUCAAUCAGUAUUAGAAGGUGAUGCUUUUGAAAGUCCUUCUCCUUCACCACAACAUUCCAAUACUUCUUCCACACUACCUGAUGUGCACAACCGUUUAGAAAUGUAUGCAUCACGUUUAGCAGAAGUUGAAUACAGAACACGAAGUAAUUCUACACCAGAUUCGGAAGAUGAACAUCAAUUAAUAGCUCAAUAUUGUCAUUCUUUAAAUGGUACUGGAUCUGAAGCAUUGUCAUCACUUCCCAGAAGUCCUGUUCAGAUUAUGGUUGCUAUAGAUGCAGACCAAAAACAAGAAUUAGAAACUAUGAUUAAAGAACUAGAAAAUGAGAAUUCUCAUUUACAAGAAGAAUAUGAAAAACUUAAAACCGGUUCUGGUAAUAAACUACCUCUCAAUAUAAUAACAUCUAAUAGAAAUGGUGAAAUUGAUAUGGUAUCAGAAGCAAAAAUGUUACGUNAAAUUGAUAUGGUAUCAGAAGCAAAAAUGUUACGUCAACAUAAAGGUCGUUUAGAAGCACGUAUGCAGAUAUUAGAAGACCAUAAUAGACAACUUGAAGCCCAACUUCAAAGACUUAGGCAGUUGCUUGAAGAACCUGCUACAUUACAAACAAGAUCAGUUACAGCUUCUCAACUUGUUAAUGAUUCUUCAUAUCAAUACUCCAAAGACUCACCAGGAAACACUGGUCGGAAUACUUUAGAGAGACCUCCUCCGCCACCCAUAUCAUCAACCCAACAUUCAGUUGGUAAUCUACAUCAUAUGGCUGAUGAUUUAGGAAAAGUUGUAUCAGAACUUGUAACUGUCAUGACUACUGAUGAAAACAAUAAAAACUGAAGCAAAAUAUUUAAAAAUUUUAUAUCAUUAUCAUUGUUUUAAUCUUACUAUUUAGGAAUUACCUAAUAAUUCAUGAUAAAAUAAUUGUAAUCUGUUCAUUAAAAAAAUAACGAUAAUAUAAUAAAUUACAUUAUUAUUGGUAUUAUUUUUACUAAUUUAGCUAAACUAUUA